CGUGAAUGGGGUCCCCAUGCCAUCGGCACCUUCGGGGUUCCGCAUCUUUUAAGUUACUCUGAUCCAAUUAAGUCUCCACGUGAAGUGAGCCCCCACCUUUUUAACGUAUAUAUGUGAAUUGCUCCGAUCGGUAAUUUUGUUUUUAUUAUAAAUCGGAUUCGAAAACACUAAUUAUACAUCCUAAAUUCCUAAUCUAUGAAAGAAAUGGAUUAUUAUUUUGUAAUUUAAGGUGUUGUUUAUUUAUGAUGGUCAACUAGUCCAUACAUAAAAUCGAAAUGAAAUGAUUUGAUACCUGAU